AACCCCUCACUCCCAUUGUGCUAGCCAAACAUUUGCAACAGUGCCCGCAACUAGGCGACAACAUUGUUUCGCCUUUGUAGGCAUGCACAUCUUCCAAACUGUUUAGAAAUCAUUUAUUUAUUGCGGUCAGUGUUAAUGCGUACGUUGCUGUGCAAAGCUGUGUCAGAGCUCACUGGAAUAUUUAGCAUGAAAUAAGCAUGGAGCAAACGACAAGAAAUACGUUCAUAUUUCUGAACUUCAUUUUUUUCCUUUUUGCUUGCUAUAUUCAAGCAAACUUUCUAUCAACUCCCAACUAUUUGUUUCGAGAUAUUACUAGGAAAGAGAUCAGGCCACCUUAUCAGCAAUUCAACAGGACAGUUUUUUUCGAAUCUGAAAACAAAACACGGUGUUACCGGCAGGUACAGGUAUGGCGUGGGAGCAGCACACCGCAAAAAUUGAUAAAGGCUGAAUGUCCAGAGCUAACCUGCGGGAUAAAUUUAGUAAAGGAUACAAGUUAUGAAACUAUGGUAAAUAGUGAUGCCAUCAUUUUUUAUCAUCUCUCUUCAUGGAACUGGGUAGAAUUACAGAGGCGGCGACCAAUGAAUCAAGCUUGGAUUUUUUAUUCCAGAGAAAGUCCUCCAUUGACUGGCAGAUAUGCAGUACCCCCCAAUAAGCUUGAUCGUAUAUACAAUUUUACAAUGACAUACAGGCUGUCAUCAACCAUACCGAUAUCAUAUGGGGUAUACCAUAGCGGCAUUGGGCAGAUAUCUUCUGAUGACAAUCGAAAUUGGGCCGAGGGAAAAACUGGAUUAAUAGCUUGGGUUUCAUCGAAAUGCCGUGGACGCGGACGGCAGUCUUGGCGGCGACUUGAAUUUGUAGAAACACUUGCAAAGCACAUUAGCGUCGACACUUAUGGAUAUUGUGGAAACAAAGUGUGCAAAAGAAGGUCGGACUUUUGCCGGAGUGUAUUAAGGAAUCACAAAUUUUACCUCGCACUGGAAAACCAUGAAUGCAGAGACUAUAUCACGGAGAAGUUCUGGAAAAACGCUCUCCUUCACGAAAGUGUACCCAUCGUCUAUGGCGCUCCACGGAAAGAUUACGAACGCGUUGCCCCGCCCAAUUCGUUUAUACAUCUACAGGAUUUUAAAAAUUUCAGCGACCUAGUUUACUACAUAAACCUAUUGAAUUCGAACGAUACCCUAUAUAAUAUGUAUUUUGAAUGGAAGAAGAAAGGAUCAAUACAAUGUACAGGGAAUGAAACAGUUGUUCUCAAAUCUCCUUUUUUGUGUAAAGUGGUUUCCAUACUUUUAGACCAGCAUUUGCUUACGUCAAACAGCAAAGAAGGAAGGAAAAAGCACCCAUCAAUACAUGAAUAUUGGACAACCUCCUGCAUGACACCAACAGGCUUUCCUCGUGACUUUUGAUGUCGCCCAGUUUUAAGCGGUAAAAUAAAGAAAACAAUGCAUCUUUCUGCUGAGUCAAUCAAAGUAUUAAAAAAAAUUGAUAGAUUGUUGUUGUUCAGAUGUAAAAAAGUUUAGAAGAAGUAACAUACCAAUCUAUAUCAAUAGCUUCUUGUUAUCCACUGUGUCUUUAUAUUCAUGUUUAUCCCCCAUUUUGGCAAAUAUUUUAUCCAUUUACACAUAAUAUCUUUAUUCAUUUUUUUUAUUGGGUUUAUGAAUAUUUUUGUUGUGGCAGCUUUUGGUCUAAGCAAUUUCGGUCUGAAGCAAAAUAUCACCAGCAACCCGAAAUAUACGAAUAAGCCUGAGAGAAUGUUUUCUGUAAUUAGCCAAGAAGGUAAAUUGGACUUUGAGAACACCAAUACAAAAAUUGCUUUCUGCUUAUAGUCCGGCAGCCCAGGAUAUUUAUUCAACCGAAUGCCGGACAAGCAAAUGCCCCCAUUGCUGGAUGAAAUAGUCCCUAAAAUUCACAUAAAUGAAUUGCUGUCGGGUUUUAUACGUGGUCUUCCCGACAAAAUAACGUAAUAUAUGACAUCACUACAAAUUGACUCUUUUUCACCCUUUUUCAGACAGUCUACAUAUAGCCCGAAAUCGAGAGAGUCAAUCUCCGCUAAAAUAUGCCUGAUUUUAUUUUAACUUUCAGAAUAUUAUUUUUAUUUAUUAAUCGAUUAAUAUAAGAAAAUCAGCAACAUAAAUUUUUGUUUACAUAUGCAAAUUUGGUCAUGAAAAUGUAUAUCAUUAGUUUUGAAGAUUUUUUGCUUAAAAAAAUUGCCGAAAAUGGAUAAGGAAUUUUAUUUUCUAUUCUAUUGUACUUCAUAUGAUGUAUUUUCCCUCAAACAUCAAAUCAUUCUUUUUGUCAAUCAUCUCUACUUUUAGUCCAGUAGAUAUGUGAAAAAGAUGCUCGAAUCUGGCAGAAAGUGUGAAAUUUGGCGUACUGGCGUAUUUUUGGGCGCUGAUUAAAAAAAUUGCCGGCCCCAAGCGAUUUGACCAUCGGGUCGGCCGCCAUUUUGAAAUCCAAGAUGGCCGCCAUGAAAAAUCAUUAAAUGUCAUUUUCUUGAGUUUUUCACGUCAUGUGACACUGAAAUUUGGCAUAUAUGGGUAUUUUGAGGCACUGAUUUCAAAUAUUGCCGGUCCCCAGCAAUUUGACCAUUUGGCCGGCGGCAAAAUGGCCGCCAUCUUGAAAUCCAAGAUGGCCGCCAUGAUAUAUUAUUGCAAUAAUUUUCUCGAGUUUUAUAUGAACUGCGGUCUUGAAAUUUGGCAUAUAGGCCUAAUUUGGGGUGCUGAUUUCAAAAAUUGCCGGCCCCAAGCGAUUUGACCAUCAGGUCGGCCGCCAUUUUGAAAUCCAAAAUGGCCACCAUGAAAAAUCAUUAAAUAUUAUUUUCUUGAGUUUUUCAUGUCACUUGACACUGAAAUUUGGCAUAAAGGGGUAUUUUGAGGCACUGAUUUCAAAUAUUGCCGGCCCCCAGCAAUUUGACCAUUUGGCCGGCGGCAAAAUGGCCGCCAUCUUGAAAUCCAAGAUGGCCGCCAUGAUAUAUUAUUGCAAUCAUUUUCUCGAGUUUUAUAUGAACUGCGGUCUUGAAAUUUGGCAUAUAGGCUUAAUUUGGGGUGCUGAUUUCAAAUAUUGCUGGCCCCAAGUGAUAUGACCAUCGGGUCGGCCGCCAUUUUGAAAUCCAAGAUGGCCGCCAUGAGAAAUCAUUAAUGUCAUUUUCUUGAGUUUUACAUGACGUGUGACACUGAAAUUUGGUAUACAGGGGUAUUUUUAGGCACUGAUUUCAAAUAUUGCCUGCCUCCAGUAAUUUGACAAUUUGGACGGCGGCAAAAUGGCCGCCAUUUUGAAUUCCAAGAUGGCCGCCACGAAAAGUAAUUAAAUGUCAUUUUCUUGAGUUUUACAUAAUAUGUGACUCUGAAAUUUGGCAUGUAGGGGUAUUUUGAGGCACUGAUGUCAAAUUUUGCCGGCCCCCAGCAAUUUGACCUCCAGGUCAGCAGCAAAACGGCCGCCAUCUUAAAAUCCAAGAUGGCCGCCAUGAAAGAUAAUUUGCUUAAGGCUUACGUAUGGCCUGUAACACCUUAAAUUUAGAGAAAACUUGAUCUUUGCAUCCUUGAUCAAUGAAAAGAACAUAAUAAAUAGAUGCUAUUUUGAAUUCCAAUAUGGUUACCAAGUUUAAAUGAUGUACAACAUUAUAAUGGUGAGUAAAACCCAUUGUAUAGGCACUGAAAACAAAUCCAACACAACCACAUCUUUGUCCGUUGCAAGGAUUACAAUAAUUUGGCACCCUUAAUUGCUGAUAUAGAUGUUACGUAAGUAUGAAGCACCAUACAUAAACAAACCAGCUAGCUUCUUCUGCAGUUACACAUUUGAAGUGGCUUUGGUUGAAUAAUAACCAUCCGGAACAAUCAUUUUCUGUUGACAGGCUGUAAAUUAUUUCUUCAUAUGAUCUGCAGUAUUGCACUUUGAUAUAUCGACGGAGUGUGGGGUGCUUAUUUCAAAUAUUGCUGGCCCUCGAUCUGAUCCCGAGUCAUAAGCAAAAUGUCAGCCAUCUUGAAAUCCAAGAUGGCUGCCAUGAAAAAAGAUCAUUGAAAAAAAAUCACUUUAUCUAGUAUCACAUAACGUAUUAUUUUAAAGUAUGGCAUCUAGGGAUAUUAAAAAUGCCCCCAGUAAUCUGUCCAAUAGAUAUGCUGCAAAAUGGCCACCUUCUUGAAAUCUAAAGAGGAUCGACUGUAAUGAAAACUAAUCAAAAUAAUUUUCUUGGUUUUAAAUAAUUUGAGGCACUGCAUUUUAGACAUACAGGCAGGUUUUUGGCCUGCUGGUUUUAGAAUAUUGCUCCAAUAAUUGCAAUAUUUUAUUACAAAUCAACAUGAAGAAAACUGCUCCAGACUUGAAGUACUGAUGGUUAUAGUAGUAUGAUGAUGAUGAUGAUGAAAUUAAUAUUAAUGAUGGAUGAUAAUACACAUUUUAUUGUUCAAAAUAAAAUUCAGUAACAGAAAUGCUCCGAAAAUUUAUUUUGCCCAUACCCUGUAGAUCAUGAGCUCGGCAGCAACUUAGCAGCGCCACAUCGGACGUUGCUGUAUCCCUUAAAAAGGGGAGUUCACCAUGGAGAAAAGUUUGUUGUAAAAACAAAAGAAAAUAUGAUAUAAAAAAGAUAUUGGUGGAUCCAUCAAAGAUAUUGGAAUUCUAAGUUUUUGAUUUGUGACGUCAUAUAGGCUACUGUACGAGCAGCUGCCCCAUUAUAUUGUGUGAUAUAAAAUGCAUAAAUGGUUCAUCAUGGGUAUUUUUUUUUCUUUCUGGAGCGGGUGUGAAAUCAUUUGUUUGUUGAUAUACUGAGGGUUCAAUAAAAAUCAUUUUCAUUUUAUUUGAGGAGGCUACAUUUCAUUGAUUUUGUAGUAUAAGAAACAUGGGGGAACUGCUUGCAUCUGACGUCACAAAUACACCAAAUGAAAUUCCAAUAGCUUUUAAAAUAUUUGAUGAAAUUUCCUCAAACCUUCAAUAUUUUUUUCAUUAUAUAUUCUGUUAUUGUUUCAAUAAACUUUUUGUCAGGUUGAACUUUCCUUUUAAUUCGUUGACCGACAAACAGGUUAGAAGCAACUCCCCUCUUUUAACAUCUUUUGGUCUGAUGCUGUCGGAGCUUGAACUCCCGAUUGUGAGGCGAACAUGCACCCAUUGUCAGAUUGUCGAACACACGAUGGAUAUCCAAAAAUGUCAAAUUUCAAAAUAAUAACUACGUUAUAAUUAUGAUACUUGAUUUAUUUUAAUGAUUUUUUUUAUGGCAGCCAUCUUGGAUUUCAAGAUGGCUGCCAUAAAUUGGAUGAACAUGACUGAAUUCGAAAGAAGUCUAUGGAGAUCACAGGGCAAUCCCAGUUGUGGGCGAUGCCAUCAAACUUAACACACGUGUAGAAAGCAACUUGGACGCCAAAAGAAAGCUUAUUUUUUUCUCUUUCGACUGAUGAUACCAGAGGCGUCGAUCCUGGGGGGCAGGGGGGGGGGCGAUCGCCAAACCAAUGAAAAUAUUGGGGGGGGGGGCAAACAUAUCGUUUUGCCCCCCAAUAAUUCCGCAUGUGCAAAAAAUAAAAUAAGAUUUUAAUGUUACACAGAAAUCAGCAAGCGAGAUUGAAAUACACAACUCGUUCUUUAUUUAAAAUCAUGCUCAAAAUGUCCGCUUUUCAGAUUGGAAUAUAAAAAUUUUCAGCUCGCGCUUCGCGCUUGCAUCAUUUCUGUAGAAUAAACCCAUACUUUUCAUGAUUAAUAGGUGAAUAGAAUGUCCCGUUUUCAGUUCUAAACCUCGAAAUAACUCGCGCUUCGAUUUGCAAUAAUCUUUUGUUGGAUAGAUCUUGUUCUUUAUUAAAAACGUCCAUUAAACUCAAUUUUUUCUGAUCGAAAUAUCUAGAUUUUCAGCUCGCGCUUCGAGCUCGCAUUCAUUUGUUGGUGAGGUAUGUGUCUCUAUCUUAUGAGUCUAUAUUAUAUAUUUAUAUAUAUAGGCAUAUAUGUGUGUGUGUGUGUGUGUGUGUGUGUAUGUUUGUUUGUUUUGUGUGAUCGAGCGCCUUUGGAAAGUUGAUUUUAUGAUUUUGCCCCCCCCCCCCAAUCUGAAAAAUGGAUCGGCGCCCCUGGAUGAUACAUAUAUUUUGAUUACUUGAAAACACUUGGUUAUUUACCAUCUAAUCAAAAGACACAUUUUAUUUCACCCAAGACCACAAUAAUAUAUGCACGUGCAUAAGCCCGUUUUUAUACAGUAUUCAAUGGGGCUUCCACAAUGUGCCCGUACCGCACGUUCCAGGUACGAAUUUUGUGUUUCAUUUUUAGCCAUCGAACUUAUGACGAUAUACAUUGUUUAGCUCAAAAUUUUACAUUUUCUUGUCGUAAAAUUAUGAAUUCCUCGAUAUAUAAUUUGCAAGAGAAGUUCAGUUGUUGAAAUAUCAUAUCGUAUGCGAUAUAGCUCCCAUCGUUUUGCCUGUAAAGCGGGAAAUCUAUGCAGUUUCAGACUCGUAGCAAGAAGGAUUGGCGAUAGUACCAUGACAAAUCUGUGUGGUGGAAUAGUGUAUUCCAUGAAGGGUGAAAUCAAGCUCAUACAACAACGGUCACCCUUCGCACCCAUUGUUCACCCGACAUGUAUAUCUACCAUGCACCCCUAUUGAUCUCAAUCGACGUGUCUUUAUGUAUUGGUUAUACGCUUAAGUGCACUCGAAAGUUUGCAGUGAAAGGGAGAAGAAAUUUGGGGUCUUAUUUUUCGAUAUACAUGUCGGCCAUCUUGGAUUUCAAAAUGGCGGCCGACCUGAUGGUCCAAUCACUUGGGGCCAGCAAUAUUUGAAAUCAGCACCCCGAAUUAAGCCUAUAUGCCAAAUUUCAAUACCACAGUCCACAUAAAACUCGAAAAAUUAUUGCAAUAAUAUGUCAUGGCGGCCAUCUUGGAUUUCAAGAUGGCGGCCAUUUUGCCUCUGACCAAAUGGUCAAAUUGCUGGGGGCCGGCAAUAUUUGAAAUCAGCACCUCAAAAUACCCAAACUGUGCCAAAUUUUAGUGUCACAUGUCAUGUAAAACUCAAGAAAAUUACAUUAAUGAUUUCUUAUGGCGGCCAUUUUUUAUUUCAAAAUGGCAGCCGACCCGUUGGUCAAAUCACUUGGGACCGGCAAUAUUUGAAAUCAGCGCCCCGAAUUAAGCCUUUAUGCCAAAUUUCAAGACCGCAGUUCAUAUAAAACUCGAGAAAAUGAUUGCAAUAAUAUAUCAUGGUGGCCAUCUUGGAUUUCUAGAUGGCGGCCAUUUUGCCGCCGGCCAAAUGGUCAAAUUGCUGGGGACCGGUAAUAUUUGAAAUCAGUGCCUCAAAAUACCCAUAUAUGCCAAAUUUCAGUGUCACAUGCCAUGUAAAACUCAAGAAAAUGACAUUUAAUGAUUUUUCAUGGCGGCCAUCUUGGAUUUCAAAAUGGCGGCCGACCCGAUGGUCAAAUCGCUUGGGGCCGGCAAUUUUUGAAAUCAGCACCCCAAAUUAGGCCUAUAUGCCAGAUUUCAAGACCGCAGUUCAUAUAAAACUCGAGAAAAUUAUUGCAAUAAUAUAUCAUGGCGGCCAUCUUGGAUUUCAAGAUGGCGGCCAUUUUGCCGCCGGCCAAAUGGUCAAAUUGCUGGGGACCGGUAAUAUUUGAAAUCAGUGCCUCAAAAUACCCAUAUAUGCAAAAUUUCAGUGUCACAUGCCAUGUAAAACUCAAGAAAAUGACAUUUAAUGAUUUUUCAUGGCGGCCAUCUUGGAUUUCAAAAUGGCGGCCGACCCGAUGGUCAAAUCGCUUGGGGCCGGCAAUUUUUUAAAUCAGCGCCCAAAAAUACCCCUGUGUGCCAAAUUUCACACUUUCUGCCAGAUCCGAGCAUCUUGGCCAUUUUUUGUCACAUAACCGCUCCACUAUUUUAGAAAAUAUAAUGUCGAAAAUGUGAAAUGUCCAACAAGCCUAACACUAAAAAUAAAAAUCGGAUGUAAAAUAAGAAAGUUAUGACAUCUAAAGUUUCUCUUGAUUUUACAAAACAGUUGUACAUGCACAAAAUGAUCGGUUUGGAAAUUAGGCGACUGAUGACAUCACUCACUAUUUAUUUUAUAUUUCAUUAUAUAAAAUAUAUUAAAAAUCCCCUCAUUGCUAUUGAAACAAAGUUUCAUUCCUCCCUUAACAUGUAGAAUUACCAUUAUCUUUUUUUUUUCAAGAUUUUUUUUUCUCAACUCAUUCAAUACAUAAGUAUCACAUGCACAGAUACAUCGUAAUUGAAAACAAUAGCAUACAUUUUAAACAAUUCAAAUAAAUGGUACAUUUUGUAUACAAAAUAUUCAUUUUUUUUCGAUGCACGGUCAUCAAAUUACGUUUAAAAGCGAUAAUUCUCGCGGUUGUUUCAAUUUUUCCAAACCAAGCAUAAAAUGAGCAAGAGUGGGUUUUAUAUUUCUGUAUUUACACGAAUAAAUGAUAUAUUUUGCAAACAACACAAUAAUAUUGCUAAGAUGAAAAUUAUUGAGGGUUAUAACUCCAAAACAAAUUUCAAUGUCACUGAAUUGUGUACUUCUUAUAUGCUUCGCCUUCAACAACUCAUGAACUUUGUUCCAAAAUGAAAUUACAUAUUUACAUCUAAGAAAUAGAUGAGCAAUUGUUUGAACGUGGUUUUCACAGAAAUUACAUAAAGGAGAAUCUUUUACUCCAAUUUUUAAUAAAAAAUAUUGUGUUUAAAUUCUUCUGUAAAUGAAUUUUAAUUGGAAGUUUCGAAGUCUAUUGUCAAUUGAUGACUUAUACAAAAGAGGGAAGCGAGAGUUCCAAAUAUGAGAGUCUGACAAAUUAUCACUCAAAUCAUCUUGCAAUUUGAUUUCUUGGUUCGUCAUAGAAAGGGACAUGUUCCUUUCUAAAAAAAAUAUUAUAACACAAUUUCGUAACCUUUUUACUUUUCGUAAAAUGACUUAAUCUUUCAUCUACCAUGUGAUAAUCGUGAUUGAUGUCAUGGACAUUUUUUAUUAACAUUUUCCAUUCUAAUGGUAUAGCAUGUAAUAGAGAAAAAGAAAUAGCAUGAAAACGAUUAAUUUCCAAAUUUAUUACAUAUUUGUUCAUAUGUCAUAAAUGAACCGUCUACAUUUAAAACAUCUUUGACAUAUCGCAUACCAGCUUGGAACCAGUUUCUGUAUAAAAUUAUUAUUUUAUCAACUUUGAUGUGUGAGUUAAGCCAAAGAGUUUGAGAGAUAAUUUCUUUAAAUUUUACAGGGUUGUAGUAUUCAUAAAAAGUCCAUACAUAAAGAACGUCUUUCCAAAAUACAUUAUCAAAGUUGAUAUGCAAAUCAACAGACUUCAUAUUACAUUGAAAAAAACAAAUCGUCAAACCUGUUAAGUAACCGUUUCAAAAACAGUUUCCACUUCACAUUAUUGUCCGUGUCUAACUAACGCUUUACCCAAGCUGUUUUUAUUGCAUAAUUAAAAUUCCACACAUGUGGCAUUCUAAGCCCGCCUUCUUUAUAAUCGUUGUAAAGUAAAGAUCUUUUUAUCCUAUCUGGCUUGUUGCUCCAUAGGAAGUUAAAUAAGAGUUGUUGCAGUUCAACAAAAAAAUUGGUGUGGUGGAUUCGGUAUUAUACCAAAUACAUAUAUAAAUUUCGGGAUUAUAAGCGUUUUUAAAAUCACAAUUUUGCCGUAUAGGGUAAGAGUUCUAAGAUUCCAAAUGCGAAGUGUCGAUUUCACUUCUUUAACUUGUUGUUUGUAAAUGAGCUCAUAAUAAUUAUGGCAAUCGUUAAGUGGAAUUUUUAUACCAAGAUACAAAAUGAAAUCACUUGGCCAUGAGAGAGGAGUAUCUCGACAAACAAAACCUUCAAAAUUACCAAGUCUAACGACGUUACAUUUAUCAAUAUUAACUUUCAGUCCUGACAUAUAGUUAAAAUCAUUCAAAACUUUUAAACACAUCUGCAAAUUGGAUUCGGUGGGAUGGAGAAAAAUCACAGUAUCGUCUGCAUAUUGGCUUAAUUUUAAAUCAUAAUUUUCUAUGGAGAUUCCUUUUAUAUUCUUAUGUUGACGAAUCAUUAUACCUAGAAUUUAUAGUACAAAUUUCUAGUACAAAUUGUUACAAAGCCUAGAAAUAAAGAAAAAAAGAAUUUGAAGAAUUACAAGAAGAACAAGUCCGCGGAAACAUUGUAAGGACGAGAGCAAAAUGGGUGGCGGAAGGAGAACGGAAUACAAAAUAUUUUUUUCAAUUUGGAAAAAAAAAAUUAUGAAAAGAAAUGUAUUACAAAAUUGGAGACAAGUAAUGGUCUUGUUACAGAUAUGAAAAAAAUACUGGAAGAAGAGAGAUUUUUCUAUGGUAAACUCUAUUCAUCAGAAGAGAGUGUAGAGACUUUGAAUUUUCUUGACGACCUAAAUAUACCAAAACUAAGUUAAAAUGUACGAUCUUUGUUGAGUAAAAAAAUAACAGAAAAGGAAUGUUUUGAUGUGAUGUGUACUUUUGCUAACGAUAAAACAUCGGGUUCAGACGGUCUUCCAAUAGAAUUUUAUAGAACUUUUUGGAACGAUAUCAACACUCUAUUAUGUGCCGUUUUCAAUGAAUGUUAUGAAAUUAAUUCGCUUUGCCCAUCAAUGCGGAGAGGAGUCAUUACCUUAAUCCCCCAAAAAUACAAAAAUAUACUUCUUUUGAAAAACUGGCGUCCUAUUUCACUAUUGAAUAAUGAUUAUAAAAUUUUGGCUAAGAUCAUUUCAUUUAGGUUAAAAAAAGUAUUAGACCCAAUUAUUCAUGAAGAACAGUGUGGCUUCUUAAAAGGCCGUUACAUCGGCGAGAAUAUUAGACUGUUUAUUGACACAAUGGAUUAUUGUAAAUAUAGAAAUAUACUGGGUGUUGCACUCUGUAUAGCUUUCGAAAAAGCAUUCGACAUGGUUGAUUGGAAGUUUUUGUAUACAGUAUUACGUAAGUUUGGUUUUGAUGAAUGUUUUGUACGUUGGAUACAAUUGUUAUACUCUAACAUUGAAGGAUGUGUCAUCAAUAACGGAUUCUCCUCAGGCUUAUUAUAUUCACUCGCGUCGCGUUGGUAAUCACACGCGUUUUUUAUUUCUGACGAAUUUUUUUCAUUUCGGUGCGAUUUUUUUUCUAACGUUGUCUUCAAUGGGACAAACACGCUGGGAAAAUAAAAUGAAAUUGAAAUUCGAGUUUCGUUUUAAGCCGGCAAGUGCCUUAAAUAAGAUGUACUCGACUACUGUUUUAACAUAACAAACAAGCAAAUCAGCUAUGUGGCUCAACUAACUUAGAAUAGAUCCGGACUUCUACUGUGUCUUAUGCGAGGACUCCGAGUCGGAACUUGCCAUAUCUGCCACAUCGAUAUUACAUCGUAUCAUUCCCAUAUGCGGACAUGCCUGCAUGCAAUGGCCCCAAGGCGGCCGGACCCGGCCGCGGUCGGACACGACAUGCAUCGGUAGCAUGGAGCAAGCUAACGUGAGUCGAGCUGAGUUAGAUCCCACGUUACAUAUGAGGCGCCGAUUGUACCAAUAUUAUAUAGAACAAUUAUUUGUUACAUAAUCAUUAUUCAUUAAAUAAUAAUUAUUAUUUACACAUAAUUUACAUUCUAUUUGUAAAUAAUUACUAUUAUAUAAAAUAACAUUUCUAAUUAUUUAUAUAUAAUUACAAGUAAUACUUCAUUAUUUGUAAAUAAUAAUAGUUCGACAUUCUAUUAUUUAUAAAUAAUGAUUAUUUGUUUUUCAUUAUUUAUAGAUACUGAUUAUUUGUAUGAUGUAUUUCAUUUCUGAUAGUUUCUACAUUAUUUUGUUUAUUAAGUAAGGAAGUGUUCAGUUUCCAGAAACCUGGUCCUCUUUUUGGCACAGAUUUUCUCAAUGACAGUGAUACAAGAGAGUAAUAAGAUUUAUAGCCAAAUGAUAUAUAUGAUAUUUCAACAGAUGAUGCAAGGCUUCUCGAUAUAGGAAAAUAAUCCAAUCUACUUUUUUUGGUAAAAUCUGGUGAAUUCCAUGUAUAUUUAUAUUCAUGUUUGUUUAAGGUUCUCCAAAUAUCUAUUAAAUCUAUAUCUAAAAUCAUAUUGUUAAUUGCAUCAUUACAUUUUGGGUGGUUUUGAAUUGGAUUCGGGUACCUAUAUAUUGUAGCAUCUAACACAGUGUUAAAAUCACCCUCGAUAAUAAAUGGAUCUUCCCCUUUCUCAUUUAACAUAGUGUGUAAUCUCAACAAAAAUGCAUCAUCGUCAAUGUUUGGGCCGUACACAUUGGCCACGGUAACCGGUGUACCAUUCACUUUCAAAAUAAUUAUAAUAAUCCUCCCCGAGUCAUCACGUGUAACAUUUAAAAUAUCAUAAGCAGCAGAAGGUUUAAACAAUAUACAUACUCCUGCACUGUCCGAUCUACCGUGACUAAAUACAAUUUUAUAGCCCCAUUCUUGACACCAUACAUUUUCAGUGUUUGGAGUGCUAUGUGUUUCUUGAAAUAAGAUAAGAUGAAAAUCAGAGUUUCUAAUCCAAUUAAAUAUACAUCGUCUUUUAAAAUAAUUGCCUAACCCUCUCACGUUAAGAGUGCAUAUUUUUAUGUCAAUUACAUUUUCUGUCAUAACAUAGUAAGAUUGUAAGUAUGCUUAUAAUUUUACAAGUAAUAAUGAAUUUAUGCAUGGAAUUACAUACAAAUAAACUUGCAUAUUUGUUCUUCAGAAAGAGUUGAUAUUUUAUCCUAGACUUAUAGGAUUGUAUGGAUAAAACAAGAAAAAAGUAAAACAUUGAAUAAAAAACGAACAUUGUAGAUUUAUAUUAAUGCACGCUUAAGAAAAAAAUUACAAGAGGGUUCAAUUUAAUUCCCUUUCAGGUUCAAAAAAAGAGCAGGGACAGUUUAUCUAUAUGCCUUCAAGAUAAAUUACUGUUUAACAAUACAACAGUCAAAGUGAGCAUCUGACACGAAUAAACAGAGAAAAUACUUCCAACAA